AAGAGAAGGGCCGACAUUCAUAGCUCUGGGUUUGCCGUUUCAGCCGUUCAGUUCGCGCGGGAGACGCCUCAAUCCCCCCAGUUUAGGUACUAGGAGAGUGUGAGACGCCAUGUCGGCUAGGAGAAAGGUCCUCCUGAAGGUUAUCAUAUUAGGAGACAGUGGGUGAGUCAUGUUGUGUGGAGUUAGGGUCGGCUGACUUCCGUAGAGACGACGUUGAGGGGUAGGUAAAUGGGGGGGCCGCUAGGUAUAUACGUAGACCAAUGAUUGUGAAGAGCGUGGCAUAUUGCAGUGUUCGGUCGCUAAGGGAGGACCGGGUCUGUAUUCUAUCUCUCUGUGUGGUGGUGUUGACUGUUCGAGCGGGCGUUGGCUGGAACGGUCCCCUAGUGCUGGCAGCUCCCGUGCAUGCUAUUGUGUGCACGUAUCAUGGACAAUGCGAACCUACACAUUACUCAGUAUUAUAGCUCUUCAGCUAUUCUGUCAGCUGAGACGUUCAGAUAGAGGUGAAUUAUACACUGCUGUCACUCUCUGUUGGAGGAGCUCACAAGUACUCAUUGGUAGGGUUACACCCAUUUAUUCCCCAUAUAGUGUUGGGAAGACAUCACUUAUGAACCAGUAUGUCAACAAAAAGUUUACGUCACAGUACAAGGCGACCAUCGGAGCCGAUUUUCUAACGAAAGAAGUGAUGGUAGAUGACCGACUAGUAACGAUGCAGAUCUGGGACACGGCAGGCCAGGAACGGUUCCAGAGUCUGGGCGUGGCGUUCUACCGCGGAGCCGAUUGCUGCGUCCUCGUAUUCGACGUGACAAGUGCUAACUCGUUCAAGACUCUGGACAGUUGGAGAGACGAGUUCCUCAUCCAGGCCAGCCCUCGAGACCCUGAAAACUUCCCCUUCGUUGUCCUCGGCAACAAAGUUGAUUUGGAGAACAGAGCGGUGCCUACGCGUCGUGCACAGAAUUGGUGCGAGUCGAAAAACAACAUCCCCUAUUUCGAGACGAGCGCCAAGGAGGCGAUCAACGUAGAGCAGGCGUUUCAGAAAAUUGCCAAGGAUGCACUCGCAAAGGAGAACGACGAUAUAUACAAGCCUAAUGUAAACCCAGUCCCAGACAUACGGCUGGAUGCGAACCCCCAACAGAAGAAAAAGGGGUGUUGCUAAAUAAUCAACUAAAUAUAGCAACAACCUAUGUAUGUAAAUAUAGUAACAACAGUGUAGUGUACUUGUGUGUAAGUUCUUGUGUUGUAUUAUAUAAUAAAUUUUGCUGUCUCCCACAUGCUCACACUUAGUCUGGUAUUGUACAUAUAUACAUACCAGGCUAAAAUCUAUAUUAUGCAGUGUGCAAGUUGUAUUCCACUUAUCUGUGUGUUCAUUGAAAAUCUGUAAAACAUUUUUGUACAAUAAGACAAGAUUUUUUUCGUGAAUUGGUGCAGGAGCUAAGGGGGGGUUAUCUCCGAUUAUGGUAGGGGUGAUAGCGAUUACCCCCCACUUCCUGAUGAGUUCUGAGGGGCCCGGAAUUUAGUGAGUAGUGGUUCUCCCUGUGUGGGCGGCUGCCCCCAGGAUGGGAAGGGUGUGAGUUAUUGACAAGCGGUGGAGUGUGUGACGAUGUGCAUGUGUGAGGAGGGGAAGGUCGGUAUUCUCCCGUGGGCGAAGGCGUGUAGCUCCGUUUCCCGUCUCUGUGCUGUCCUAAUCCGAGUCGUCCUGAACUCUGUCCUGAUCUGCUGCCGUGAUUUUCGGCUCCGUGAGCAUCAUGACUACUGCCACUUCUCCCGUUGUGAUGUCUGGUGUCCUACAGGUAGGAGAAGGGAAGGGAGGGUGGGCAUUGGGG